GCCCCAAUUGCAAUCUGUAUGAGGGAGUAGCAGCCAUAUUGAAAAGCGUUUCCGUUUGAUUCCUCUUUCUGUUAGCUGCGUACAGGUGGAUUUCUUCCUCCAAAGGACCCCAAAUCAGAUAAUUUCUUCAUCGUAGGAUCCUCCUGGCAAUGUCAACCAUGAAUCCGGAAUAUGAUUACUUGUUCAAAUUGCUUCUGAUCGGCGACUCUGGUGUAGGAAAGUCCUGUCUGCUCCUGCGAUUUGCUGAUGACACGUACACAGAAAGCUACAUCAGCACAAUUGGUGUUGACUUCAAGAUCAGAACCAUAGAACUAGAUGGGAAGACCAUCAAGCUUCAGAUAUGGGACACAGCAGGCCAGGAGCGGUUCCGCACCAUCACAUCUAGUUACUAUAGGGGGGCGCACGGAAUUAUCAUUGUGUACGACGUCACAGACCAGGAAUCUUUCAACAAUGUAAAACAGUGGCUUCAGGAGAUAGAUCGCUACGCGUGUGAAAAUGUCAACAAAUUACUCGUUGGCAACAAGAGCGACCUCACCACAAAGAAGGUGGUUGACUACACGACGGCCAAGGAAUUUGCAGACCAGCUCCAUAUCCCUUUCCUCGAAACUAGCGCCAAGAACGCCACGAACGUGGAACAGGCUUUCAUGACGAUGGCAGCAGAGAUUAAGAACCGCAUGGGGCCGGGAGCCGUAACCAACGAGACAAAACAGAACGUGAAAAUCCAGAGCACCCCAGUCAAGCAGAGUGGAGGUGGCUGCUGCUAAAGAUCCAACAGGUCACACCCUUCUCUGUACCCCAGGUGGGGUAACUUUUGAUUCUUGACUUGGACUUGCAAUCACCAAGACUGAAUAAAAACCAAGCUACCCUACAGUGGAAUGACUGGCCAUUCCAGUUUCCAUACAAAAUUAUACCAGUUACGACAAAAAUAAUUAGUCAUUCACCAAAGUGAUGAGUUUUGAUUCUGUAUUUUUUUCCUUUUAUUUUUGCCAUGCAUUUUUGGGUGGGUGGGGGUUUGUGGUUUUUGAACAAAAUGAUCAUGUACAUUGCAAAAACCACUUAUGUACAGUCAACAUCAGAUGUGUAGAAAUUUUGCAGUGGAAAGGUCUUUCCCAAGAAAAAAUACAUGUAGCAGAGAAUGUUGGGCAUGCAGCAUAAAUUAUAUGGAUACAUGAAGAAAGAUAUUAGCGAUAUCGAUGUGUAAUGUUAAGCAGUUCAUUGUAUGAAUCAUCAUUAGUACAGUAAUGAAACCAUGUUAUGUUCUUUUUACUAAUGUGUAGAUUGCACUGAGAUAGUAGUUGGUGUAGAACAUUGCCAGACACUGUCAUGAUCACAUCUCUCAUAGGGAGGAGGUGCAGGGUCUGUGUGGUGUGGGCAAAAUUGCGAUCAUGGGGGUGGGGGCCUUGUUCUAGUGAAAAGGGAAAAUUGUCAGCGUUGACUUGCUUGAUUUUAUUAUGCACAUAUAACCAGGUAUUGUUGGUGAGCUAUAGAUCUUACUUCAAGGUCUGUUCACACUUCUAAGCAAAUACCAGCACAUACUUCAUCACAUUUUCUACUGCAUGUCCUCCCUAUGAAGGAUUGCCCACACAAUAGGUGUUCCCAAUUGUGAUGUAGCUCACUUGUUACCUUCAAUCCUAGUUAAGCACACUGUUGUUCAACCUCAUUUGUGAUAUGAUUUUUCCUUUUUGUCAAGAUCCGUUCAGUCAUUGCUUGCUAGACAGUACAUGUACAUCAGUCCUUUAUUUCCUCUUGAUGGUUUGUGCCUUAGGUAUGUGUAGUGUGCUGGUCUCUGUGUGACUUCUGCAAGGUCUGCACCAAGCUCUGCUUUGUCGUCAUGUACAGUAGAAUCUGUGUAAGAAAGAUGAAAGAGCAUGACUAUGUUCUGGUUCCUCUGGAAAUUUAAAGUAGUAAAAGGCCCUUUUAUAUAUCACAGUUACAGGUGCUCAAUUGCACAAAUAAAUUAUGUUGUUACAUGCACAAAGGGCAGCGUACAAGAGGCCAGCAAGAUUGCAACUUAGAUAACUUACCAGGAAGUCUACUUAUCUUGCUGUAUAUUUGGAAUGUCAGGACUACCCCUCCCAACACAUCUUGUGCUUGCUGGUAGUCAUGAGAUAUAAACUCAGCACUUCAGCUGUUAAGUUUUGGUUGGGUAAGCCUGCCAUGUUAGUAGUGCAGUUGUCACUGAUGUAUCAGAUUAUAUUGUGUUUUAUCAGGAUUAAUGACAUGUUUCAGUCAUGUGGAUAGCACAGUAGGAAUGAGAAAGUACUUGUAUGGAACAUAGCUUGUAAGACAACAUUUCUUAAUGCAUAGUGACCGAGAUCUGAUGCCAAUCUUUGCCUGAGCACAUUGUUUUUUUGACUGUACAAAACGAUGCUACCAGACAUAAUUUUUGUUCCACACCGAGGUAAAAUAUGGUUGGGCUGGUAAGACAUCACUACUCCUUACCACACCCCUCGUCAUCUUGGUUGGAGCCCCACUCACCUUAUAUGGAAUUUGGUUUUAGGUACUAUUUUCUUUGAAUAGGGGUGGUGGAAGGACUGCAGACCACCUGAUAGGUUAAGCCAUGCCUCUUACAACCCUAUAACAACACAUGUUGACAGAGAAGUGUUAUAAAUAUUUGGUUCUGUUUAUAAGACUCUGACAAGCAAUGACUGAAACCUAGUGAGUGUAAAUCAAUGUAAUUACUAUAAUAUGUGAGGACCAUUUUUGCUUGUAUUUGCUUUACUACUCUAUUAACUGGUAGUUUUUGCUGUAUCUGUUUAUUAUGACAAUAAAGAUUAUGCUUAAAUA